AUGAUAACAAAACUCACCCGGCGUGUCCUACCCGUCAUAACCGGCCUCAUCCUCACCUACAUCCUCUUCCCCAGCCUUUACUACUACGGUGAUUACGUCCGCCAAACAAAUCCCUUCUCCGGCCAGCGCUCCAUCGAACAAGCCUUCACACCCACCGACUCCGAGCUCGCCUGUCUCCGUGGUGGUGGUGGUGGCGGCGGCGGCGGCCAUGGCUCCUUUCCCGGGUUCGGGUCCAAGAGCUACAGUAACAAUGACAACGAAAAUGGUCAUCCAUCCGACUUCUCACGAGAAGCCUCAAUCCCCAACAUAGUCCACUUCAUCUACGGCCUCGCAAACCCGCAGUCUCACCCCUCAGCCGGGCACUUCGACUUCCUGUCCUACCUCGCAGUACGCGCCGCUCUGGUUUCUCUGCAGCCGACCAUCCUAAACUUGCACUAUACGUACCUCUCUUCUCCCCCGUCUCCUGAUCCGGGCGCCGAUCCGCUCUCAAACCCCUGGAUCCGGAGGCUGGCGCAGAAGUGGCCGGACAAGUUUAGGCUGGUUCACCACCCGCCACCACCAGAAGAGGAAGGGGCAGGUGGUAGAAAGACAAGCAAAACGCAGUAUGCUCAUCUGUCUGACACUUUGAGGCUGCAAAUCCUGUUGGAACAGGGGGGGAUUUAUCUGGAUAUAGACGUCUUUGCUUUUCGCUCCUUUUCCCCCUUGUUAUUAUCCCCAGGAGGAGGAGGAGGAGGAGGUGGUGGUGGUCGCCAUCGGGACACAUUGCUAGGCUACGAAGGUGGCAGCCGCUGGGGUCUAUGCAACGCUGUUAUUGUCGCUCGGCCCAACGCGACGUUUAUCAAGCGAUGGCUGGACACCUACGAGAAUGUGGAUCUGGAGAAGGAGGCGUGGAAUUAUCGGAGUGUCUUGUUGCCCAAGGAACUUGCUGAGGAAGGAGGAAACGACGAAAGCGGUGACGAUGUGGUACUAGGUAAAGAAGAGGCAAGGGGAAAAGAUGGGAAAGAUGUAGCAAAGGGAGAUGUCUGCGCCUUGCCUCCUGAUGCCUUCUUCUGGCCCACUUGGACAUGGAGACACAUCGAGUGGAUGCAUACCCCCUUGAAGACGAAAGAGGAGAAGGGGUUUUGGGAGGGACAGAUUGCCAGGAAUGGAGGAGGAUUGUUUGAGAAUCAGAUGGCGUAUCAUGCGUGGGGGCAGAUGGCCUGGGAUAGAUAUUUGAAGUGGUUGACGCCCGAGGUGAUUAGGACGAAGGAUACGAGGUUUAAUUUGCUGGUGAGAAGGUUCUUGGAGGAUGACUUGUGA